AAAACAAAAACUGAAAAAAAGAAUACAAAAAGUACAGAAGAUCAACUUCUAAAAUAUUUGGAAUUUUUUCUUAUCAAAAUUAUGCUCAUUGUCUUUUGAUAACAAAGUUUGUGGUGUUCUGAGCUAUUAAAAGAGUCACAUUAUAUAUUCUGUUUCUAAAAAUGAAGAUCGCUCAGUUUAAUAUGGGACUGCCUAACGUAUUCGGCAAUUUGAGAUAUAUUACAAGCCGCGACAUUACUGACAAUUCUGGAGAUAAACGAGACAAGCAUAUGUCGGAGGCUACGUCAGGUCGAAAUCAACAGAUAACGGAUUUAAAUGUCGAAGCAAAUAGAUUAAAGACAUUCGAAACUUGGAAUGUUCCGUUCAUUAAUAAGCAAACAUUAGCAUUAUUAGGGUUCUAUUACUAUGGUCCAGAGGAUCUAGUUAAGUGUUAUUUUUGUGGAGUAGAAAUUGGAAUGUGGGAGGAUGGCGAUGAUGUACUAACUGAUCACAUGAAAUGGUCACCAUCGUGCAACUUUAUUCGUCGUAAUUGCACCAACAAUGUGCCCAUCGAUGCGUCUCUUUUAAAUCAGAUAUUACCACCACCACCAACAAAUGAUGUUUAUGGGACUGUUGAGCGUCUUACGAAUACAGUCAGUGAGGGUUCAAUAGAAUCAGUCAGCGAGGACGAUGUACAUAUGCAUCAGCAUUCAUUAUACGAUGAGGGUGGCAUUGAAGCUGUUUUACGAGGUGGAAAUCAUAUAGUUCAAAGUAAGCCAACAAUUACAAAGCCAGAAUUCCCUGAAUAUGCUGUCGAGGCUAAAAGAAUCGAAUCAUAUACUGAUUGGCCAAAAUUAAUUAAGCAACGACCACAACAAUUAAGUGAUGCUGGAUUUUUCUAUACUGGAAAAGGUGAUCGAGUCUUAUGCUUUAGCUGUGGUGGUGGAUUAAAGGAUUGGGAGAUUAAUGACGAUCCAUGGGAAGAGCAUGCCAAGUGGUAUGGCAAAUGCGAAUACUUGAAGUUAAUGAAGAGCCCAGAUUUUAUUUCAAAAAUGAUUGAAUUAGGAAAUAAGGAAAAGUUUGCAAGUGAUGAGGUUGGAUCAUGUAGUUCACAAUCAUCAGGAUCAUCACUUAGAGGAAGUAAAUCAAGUUCAACAGAGAAAUUAUCAAAUGAUAUGGAAAAGUCUGACGAGGAGGAGGAAAAGAAGGAUUCAAAACUUUGUAAAAUUUGCUAUGCUAACGAAUAUAAUACAAUUUUCCUACCAUGCGGUCACGUAAUAGCCUGCGCAAAGUGUGCAUCAAGUGUCACAAAAUGUCCUGCAUGUCGACAACCUUUUGAAAAUGUCAUGAGAGUAUUUUUCUCAUGAAAUAACGAUAACAAUGAGGAUAAAAAUGUUAGGUCUUGAAGUUGAACGACUUGACAGACGCUUGUGCUGGAUUAAUUUAUUUAUUUACUUUUAUCUGGCAAAGGUCACAGUUCUGUCUGUAAAUAAUACUAAUUUUAAAUCAACUAUAGACUUUAUUGAUAACUAUUUAUUUUCGAGUGAUGAGAAAUUUGAGGAAGCAAUCAUUUAGUAGCCAUUUUGCAGUCAUACUUAUACUCAAUUCUAAGCACCGUGCUUAAUAUUGUGAUCAUAAGUUGACUAUCAAGUGAUUUUGAUGAUCUCUUUAAACUAUAAUUGAAGUUUAUGUUGGCUACCAAAUGACUGCUCAGUGAUUUCUUCAUCUCUUGGAAACUGUCUUUAAUAGCUUUGACUGAUAUUCUUACAAAGCUUUAAUGCACUAGUUUCAUGGUUUGUGACACUCACAAAGAUGACAAGUCGAAUGUAAAAAUAAAUACACUUUUUGUGACCUCAACGGUCGAUUACUUCUAAUUAAUGAUUAAACAGUAUAAGUUAAGAAGAUUAGACAGUAGAGGUAGUUUUGAGUGUUGUUGCUAUGGAUACAAUGUCAAAUUCAUAUUUAGAGGCUCUAAGUUAAUGUUUGGCAUGAUGCCAUGGUAAAGACAUUCAAAAUAGUAGAACAUAGUUCAAUCCUUUAUUAUUUUUGCCAAUUCUAUGGCAAGUUUCUUGAGAAAUUUAAGUAUUUUAAGAGGAAUUUUCAUUUUCUUUUAUUUUUUCUACAAGAAUUUGGAAAUUUUUGAAAAAGGAAAUUUUGAACUAUGUUUUGGAUCAAAAACAGUUUUAAAUUGAAAUGUGACAAUUUUGUGAGAUGAAUUUAAAGCAGAACUUUUCAGUCACUUUACAUACGCCAAUCCUGUAUCAGGUCGAAUAAAAAUUUAACUUCUAAGCA